AUGCCCGGUCCAAAUACACAAGCGGAAUCUUCAAUUGCACCGGACCGGAAACGAGCCCAUGCUGAAUUACCACCUAAGGAUCCCGCCAUAUCCAACAGCAGCGCGUCGACAGACCCUCCGUCGCAGCCCAGCACAAGGAAACGCCGAAAAACUCCUAAAAUCCCGACAGAGACCAAGAAUACGGAAGAUGGCACCGAUGACGGGCGUAAGGUGGAAAAGACUACGAAAGGCAAACGCAAAUCGGCUCAACCGAAGCGUACCCCGUCUGCACCAUGGCCGGAGGCGUUCAAGAAAUUGUCCCGGACUCACAGAGCCUUGAACCUCGUGUAUACGUUCUGUUGCACGCGAAAGCACUUCACUACCACGUUCGACAACAUCAAGAACGCUGUACAGGUGCAGAUGCAGGGUCAAGAGUUGACGGUCGAGGAUGUCGCGCGAGUCAAGGUGCUCGUGCCGCGGGCAGUGCGUUUUGAGUAUGUGGACGAGGCGAAGUUGGAGGUCAUGACUGUUGGGGAGAAGGAGGCGAAGCAGCUCGGCUAUGGAAGGGAUAUGUUGGGCCAUGGGGGAGAAUCGGUAACAAAGACUCUUCUGUUCGAGCUUGUGGACGGGGAUCUGAAGAGGGAGGUGACGCAUCCGCAGACCGGGGAACCGACCAAACCGGUGCGGAAGAUAAAGAAUGAGGAUCUGAAGAUGCCGGUGUACAGCCAGAAGCAGAUGCUCGGACUCAUUGAGAAGCGGAACAAGAAGUUCAUGGAUGCGAUUGAUACUUUUUUGGUGCAGUGUGAAGACGAAGGGGUGAAUCCAGUUGAGAAACUGGAGACGGACAAGGAUGGUUGGAUUCCUGUACCCCCGGAUAUGGACACUGGUAUCGCUGUGUCUUCUGCGGCGCCGCAGCAGAUUCCCAAAGAGCGUAAGUCGAUGUCGCAGAUUGUGGACGAAAUCCGCGAGAUGGAUUGGUAUACGGCGCAGAUCGUGCCAGAAGGACAUCGAGUCUUUGAAGCGCAGCCUGCUGUCUAUGGGGAGCUGGCGUUCCAGCUCUCGCAGAACAUGGUCAACGCCUUGUAUAACACCAAGGGAAUCACGCAGUUCUACACCCACCAGGCAGAAGCGAUCAAUCAUCUAUACGAAGGACAUAAUGUCAUCGUUUCUACCUCUACCAGCUCCGGCAAAUCACUCAUCUACCAGGUGCCAAUGCUGCAUGAACUCGAAACAGACCCUGCAAGCCGCGGCUUGUACAUCUUCCCUACCAAGGCCCUGGCGCAGGACCAGCGCCGCAGCAUGCAGGAGCUGCUUCAGUUCAUGGAAGGCUUGCAGGGCACAAUGGUUGAGACGUUCGACGGAGACACGCCGAUGCCGAACCGGAAUGUCAUCCGUGACGAAGCGCGCAUCAUCUUCACCAACCCUGAUAUGCUGCACAUCACAAUCCUACCGCAGGAAGGCUCUUGGCGCACAUUCCUGCAGAACCUCAAGUUUGUUGUGGUCGACGAGUUGCACGUCUACAACGGUCUCUUUGGAACUCACGUCGCGCUCAUCAUGCGACGACUGCGUCGGAUCUGCGCAGCGGUAGGGAACCAUCGCGUCCGGUUCAUCUCCUGCUCGGCCACUGUGGCCAACCCGGAGCAACACAUGCAGGCGGUCUUCGGCGUCGACGACGUCAAGCUGAUCGACUUCGACGGCUCCCCAUCGGGUCGGAAGGAAUUUAUCUGCUGGAACACGCCCUUCAAAGACCCCACCGACCCAACAUCCGGGCGCGCAGACAGUGUCGCUGAAACAGCGCGACUCUUCUGCCAGCUCAUCCUCCGCGGCGCGCGUGUCAUCGCCUUUUGCCGCAUCCGCAAAAUGUGCGAAGUACUCCUGCAAGCCGUCCGGGCCGAGUUCCAAGCCCUCGACCGACACGAGAUCGGCAAACUCGUCAUGGGCUACCGCGGCGGAUACAGCCCCCAAGACCGUCGGACGAUCGAGAAGGACAUGUUCGAAGGCCGACUGAUGGGCAUCGUGGCCACCAACGCCCUCGAACUCGGGGUCGACAUCGGCUCCCUCGACGCCGUUAUCACCCUCGGCUUCCCCUUCUCAAUCUCCAACCUGCGUCAGCAAAGUGGCCGCGCCGGCCGUCGAAAUAAAGACUCGCUCUCCAUCCUCGUCGGUGACCGCUACCCAGCCGACCAGCAUUACAUGCGCAAUCCAGAGGAACUCUUCAGCAAACCCAACAGCGAGCUGCAGAUUGACCUCACCAACGACCUCAUCCUCGAAGGCCACCUCCAAUGCGCAGCCUUCGAACUACUCCUCCGCCCCGAUACCGACGCCCUCUACUUCGGCCCUCUCCUCCCCUCCCUCGCAUCCAGCCGCCUCACUCGCGAUUCCCUGGGCUUCUACCACUGCCACUCGCGCUUCCUCCCCCAUCCAUCCCGUAGCGUUUGCAUUCGCGACACUGAAGACCAGCACUUUGCCGUCAUCGACACGACCAACGCCCGUAAUAUGGUCCUCGAAGAAGUCGAAGCCUCCCGCGCCUUCUUCACCAUCUACGAAGGCGGCAUCUUCCUGCACCAAGGGCAGACCUACCUGGUUCAAGAACUCAAUCCCACCCGGCACUUUGCUCGGGUCACUCGAGUGCACGUCGACUGGCAUACUCAGCAACGCGAUUACACGGACAUCGAUCCCAUCGAAACCACGCUCAUCCGCCCGAUCCGCCAAUCCUCCCCUUAUCGGGCCUUCUUCGGCACGAUCCGCAUACACGCCGUGGUAUACGGGUUCUUCAAAGUCGACAAACGGGGCCGCAUCCUCGACGCGGUCCCCGUAACCAACAACCCACCCAUCGACAUUCUCAGCAAAGGCACCUGGCUCGACAUCCCCCCGCAAGCUCUCUCCAUCCUGCAAUCCCACAAUCUCAACAUCGCCGCCGCCAUCCACGCUGCCUCCCACGCCAUCCUCUCCCUCCUCCCCACCACCAUCAUCUCCUCCCCCGGUGACGUCCGCACCGAAUGCAAAGUCGCCAAAAAGGAACUCGGCCGGACCCUCAAACAAGCCACCUCCCACCUCCAAACUCUUAACCACGUCGAACUGAAAAAAGUCCUCAACCCACCCGCCCGCCAACGCCCCGCCCGCUUAACCUUCUACGACGCUAAAGGCGGUGCCUGCGGAAGCGGCAUCGCAGCCAAGGCCUUCGAGUUCAUAGACGUCUUAUUAGAACGGGCCGUGAAGAGAAUCGAGAGCUGUACGUGUGUAGGCUCUAGGGGUUGUUUGGAGUGUGUGUGCGAUGAACGAUGUAAGGAGAUGAAUGAGAUUAUGAGUAAAGCUGGGGCGGGGGUAGUGCUGAGAUGUUUACUUGGGUGGGAAGUUGAUGUGGAAUCUUUGCCUUGGGGAGAAGAGGUAGAGGUUCACGCUAUGGAUGGGGAGUUGAUGGGCGGGCUGGAGACUGUUAUUCCGGCUGUGGAGGUGCCAAUGCAUCAGCCUAGGGUUAGGGAUGUGGAUGGAGGUGGUUUCAGAGUUUAG